UAAUAGCAGCCUGCCUGGAUAUGAGUCAACCUUUGUAUGGGUGAACGUUGUGCUGCGGGGAGGGGCUGAGUGGGAGCAGAAGUACAGGCUGGGAGAGACAGAUAGGGAAGGCUAACCAGGUUGUCAGAUGGACACAACAGCACCUUAAGGCUUCCAAUGCCCCCUCUCUGUUAGUUUCUUGGCUUUCCUUUCGCCUACCAUGGAGCUACCAUCCGCCGGAAGUGGAUUGAUUGAGGUCAAACUAGAAGCUGACUGACACCUGCUCGUUCAAUUUAAAGUGGAUUUUCAAGACAAGGUGGACUCCGUCAGCAUGCUGCGCCAUCCUUCCUGUCCCACGCACUCCUUUUGGUUCUGCUUCUGGGAUUGGUGUCUCUUUCCAACCGGGCGGUCUGUUCUCCCGGGGAAGGCAUGAGCAUCUGGCAGCGGCCUAAACCGAGCCCCAUCGCCAAAGACCAGUCUUUCCUUCAGGACACGUUCCCCCCGGGGUUCCUCUGGGGCUCAGGUACGUCGGCCUUCCAGACGGAAGGAGCCUGGAACCAGGAUGGGAAAGGCGUCUCCAUUUGGGACCGUUUCACCCACUCCUCUGCCAGGGAUCCUUUUACCAAAGAGACUGCAGAUGUGGCAAGUGACAGCUACCGCCGCUGGGAAGAGGAUGUGGAGGCGCUGGGGUAUCUCGGCGUUAGAUCCUACUCUUUCUCCCUCUCCUGGCCCAGACUCUUCCCUGACGGCUACGCCACCGGGGAGCCCAAUGCGGCCGCCGUGGCUCACUACAGCCGCCUCAUAGACAGGCUGCUGGAAAAGACAAUCGAGCCCAUCGUGACUCUCUAUCACUGGGACCUGCCACAGGUGUUCCAGGAUCAAUACGGAGGCUGGAAAAAUAACACCUUGGUGGAGGCUUUCGAGGAGUACGCGGCGUUUUGUUUCCACGUCUUCGGGAAUCGAGUGAAAUACUGGCUCACCAUGCACAACCCAUACCUGGUGGCCGUGCAGGGGUACGGGAGAGGCGUGCACGCUCCGGGAGAAAAGGGGGGUCUCUCCAGCGCUCUUAUUGUGGCCCACAACCUGAUCAGGGCACACGCCAAAGCAUGGCAGAAUUACAACACCCGCUUCCGGCCAACUCAGCAGGGUAAAGUAUCCAUCGUCUUAGGUUCCCACUGGGUUGAACCUCACAUAGGCCAACCCAUAGCAGCCAAUGCGGCGCUCUGUCAGCAGUCCAUGGAGGCCGUUCUUGGGUGGUUUGCCAAGCCCAUUUUUGGUGAUGGGGACUAUCCGGCCUCUCUCAAAACGAAGCACGCAACUUUACUGCCCACGUUCACCCCUGAAGAGAGGCUCUGGGUGCGGAAAACGGCGGACUUUUUUGCUCUGUCAUUUGGCCCACACAACAUCCACCUGGCCCAGAGUUUGGCACACAACGGGCAGAAGAUCAGCCCAGACCUGCGGCGCCUCCUGGCCUGGAUAAAACUGGAGUACGGGAACCUGAGAGUGCUGGUGGCAGAGGGAGGCUGGUUCUCUAAUGCCAGCGUUGGAAGAGAGGACACAGUUGCCAUCUACCAUAUGAAGAGAUUUAUCAACCAAGUUCUGCAGGCCAUCAAGUUUGAUGGUGUCCAGGUGUUUGGCUACUCAGCCUGGUCGCUGGUGGAUGGAUUCGAGUGGAAUUACGGUUAUGGUGUGAGAAGAGGUCUUUUCUACAUCGACUUUAGUCAACCGAACAGAACCAGGGUCCCCAAGACCACAGCUCACUACUACAAGCAAAUUAUCAAUGACAACGGUUUUCUAAGGGAUGAAACCUCAGCAGAUGUUAAAGGCCAUUUUCCAUGCAAAUUUCACUGGGGGAUUGCAGACUCUAUGCUGCAGGUCCGGUUCCACCCUUUCUCCCCUCAGUUUUCCGACCCUCACGUAUACAGCUGGAACCUGACAGGAGACGGAUCGUUGCGUCCGAUCCCGGGGGUGAAGCUCGACACCAGACCGGCCCAGUGCACGGAUUACCUGGCCAUUCGCAGCCAUCUUCACCUGCUCGCAUCCACAGGGGCAUCUCAUUACAGCUUUGCUCUUAACUGGUCUCUGAUUUUACCCGAGGGAAGGCGCUCAAAUGUUAACACCGAAGCCCUGAGGUACUACCGCUGUGUGCUGAAAGAGCUCAAGAAGCUAAACCUGGAGGCUAUGGUCAUCAUGUACUACCCGUCACACAGAGCUCCCAACCUGGGCUUGCCGGAGCCGCUGCACGCCUCUGGGGGGUGGAUGAAUGAAGAGACAGUCGAAGCUUUUCAAGAAUACGCAGCGCUUUGCUACCAGGAGCUGGGUACCUGGGUUCAGUACUGGAUCACCUUUAACGAGCCAAACCGGAUCAUAGACGUUUAUUCCAACGUCACAGAGAGGCACCGAGCAGCUCAUAACCUCCUUCUGGCCCACGCCAAAGCCUGGAGGUUACACGAGAGGGAGUAUUCCGGCGACGGGCGAGCGCUGGUGUCCCUCGCUCUUCACGCCGACUGGGCUGAGCCGGCUUACCCUUCCCUGGAGUCGCACACGGUGGCUGCAGAGAGGUUUCUCCUGUUUGAGCUUGGACGCUUCCUGGAUCCGCUGCUUGGGACAAGAGAGGCGAAGCAAAAGGGACAAUACCCAGAUGAAAUGAGGGCGUACCUGGAGGACAGAGCGAGGGGACUCGGCCUUCCCGAAUCAACUCUUCCUCGUUUUACCAACGCCGAGAGACGGGAGCUGAGUGGGGCGUUGAGUUUUAUCGCCCUGAAUCAUUUUACGACACGUUUAGUCUCUCCCAAUCCGCACACACGAGACACCCUCCGAAAGAAGGCGCCCCCCGAGCACGACUGCGUGACCCUCUCAGACCCCACCUGGCCUUCCUCCAGCCAGGGUCAAAAUGUGGUACCCUGGGGCUUACGGAGGAUGCUGAAAUGGGUGAACCAGAGGUACGGUGGAACGUUGCCCAUCAUUGUCACGGCCAGUGGGAUUGAUGACCAAGCCUCAGUUGAGGACAACCUCAGGCAGUAUUACCUCAGGAGCUAUCUGCAGGAGGCUCUCAAAGCUUACAAUCUCGAUGGAGUCAACUUGCAGGGUUUCUACGCGUGGAGUCUCCAAGAUCGACAUGAACCCAAGUUCGGUCUCUUCACCUCGACCCAGCAGAAGUCCAAAGCCAAAGCCUCCGUUGCGCUGUACAGAGAAAUCAUCGCCCGCAGUGGUUCUUCAGACAAUAGCACGACGCACCCGUGCAAAUUCAACGAGCAGCAGCAAAAAUGUCUGAGGUGUGAGUGGAUGUUCAAGAACAAACCGAUGCUGGUUUUUGGGGGCUGCCUUCUAAUAACGUCGGCCAUGCUAGCUGCACUCGCCAUCUUCGUCGUCAUCAACAAGAGGAAUGAAAGACACGACAGAGGAAGGAAGAUGAUGAGAGGGAGUCAAUGGAGAAGAAAUAAACCAUCGGGAUAUGGGGUAGCAAGGACUGACAAUGUAACCUGUAGCAGAAACAGCGCAAACAAUCACAAAAUCCACCUGUGCGUCCUUCAUUAGUGUCUCGUUUUCUCGCAGUGACAAAUGACUUUACCUGCAACAUGGUUCACAAGACCUUUGUAGCUUUACUGUCUACUAUAAUGAAGACAGUCAAUUUCUAAACGUGCCUAGAAUCAACAGUACAAGAAUACAUGGAGUAAUUUCAUGAAAGCGUUAUUCAUUUGUGUUUAGGCUACAGACAAUUAGAGACAAGCUCUAGUUUUUAUCAUGAGAACAGCCUUUAUUCAGUCAUCGUGACCAUUUGCCACGUUGAGUAAUUCUGUUGACAUAAGAUGGGGCAACAGUGCCCUCUGGUGUCGACACAUGAUUCUGACAUUAAACGAUACAGGUCUUCUUUUAUUUUGAAGAAAAAAAAAA